AGCUUCGCAACUUAGCCCUAACCAACGAGGUCAUGGCCAAAGCGAAGAAGACCAAGUCUUCCGCCUCGACACUUGGGGGCGACUUCGAGAAAAAGAAGGCGAAGCUUAGCAAGGGCAAGCAGGCAGCGACCAAUGCGACCAACACUUCGUACAAAGCGAGAUCCAUUGCUCUCCCUCAGCAGAGCAUCAACAAGGACAGGAGCAAGGCCCCUACGACGAAAAGGAACCUGACCUUGGACGACCUCAUCAGUCAGACGCGCCAUCACAAUGCUGUGACCAGAAAGGACGCCCUCUACGGUCUUCGAGAGAUUUUCGCUUCUUAUCCAUUUCUACUCUCCAAAUCGCUAGGGACCGUCAUUCCGGAUGCUGCUCGGCUCAUCUCCGAUGACGACGCAGGGGUACGCAAGGCUCUUCAUGCUUUUCUUGCAAGCUAUCUUCCUCAGUUUUCUCGCAAUCGUCUUCGGCCAUACACCUCGACCCUGCUUCUUUUUACCUCCACAGCACUGUCACACAUCUUUCCAGAUGUUCGUCUGGAUGCUGUUCGAGUACUGGACCUCCUUUGCGACGCUCUCGGGGACGAUGUUACCUCAGGAUGGCAAGCAGCUUGCCAAGCUUCAGAUGGUCGUUCGUCCUCUUCACAAACAUCGGGAGUGAACGGAGCGACUACGAGCGUUUCCAGCCCAUCCUUUCAGCAUGGCUCUCGUAUAUUGCAGUGCUACAUGACGUUGCUUGGCGUAUCCCUCUCCGGUGCCAUUGGUGCGAACCAAGGCGCAAAGCUGGGCCCAGCAUCUGCUUCCAUCAUCUCAACCGAUUUGACGUCGGCCUCGCGCCUCGUCAUCCUACAGAGCUUGCUCAAAUUUCUACAACGAGGCAACCUGAAGUCCACGGUAUCGGAUACACCGGACCAAUGCCCAACGUGGUGUUUCGAAGCUGCAUUCUCCUCGCGAUCCGACUUCGACGCAUUUAAAGUCAGCCUGCGCCCUGAUAGGAGGCGCACGAUGGAGGGUGCCACCGACAACGACUCGCUCGAAUUGGCUAGCGAAUCACUGGCCGAUCUCGACGUCACCCUGGGAAGGGGCUGGAAUGCUGAGGAGCUUGCGACGUCUGUGGCUGGGGCCACCGCCAUCCUGCAGACACUUGAGAAGUUGGAAAAAGGCAGGUCUGCGAAUGGCAACUCGCCAUACAUGCACCUCUUCACGGCUUUGGCACCUGUUCUCAUCACGAACUUCCUCGACUCGGCACCGACGGCAUUCCCACCAUCUGCAUCCUUCUCCGCACAACAGCAACAGCAGCAGCUGUCCACCCACGCCCAGAUCGUCUGUGUAGUAGCAGGUCUUGCUCUGGUGCUCUGGCGAGGCGUGGCGCGAGAGGCCAGAGAUGCAUCCGGCAACAUCUCGACGUCCUAUUCUGACCGAGAAACUUUGUCCCGUCUCGUCGGCCACAUGACACCCUACUUCCCCUUCGCAGGCCUCUCGAGCUUCUGCGACGGGGCAUCUUGGAGCGUAGAGGCUCGCGAACAGCUUCUCAAUCUCAGUUUGACGUACUGUGAGCUUGUCGCGCUCCUCUCCAUGGCCGAGACGAAACAGCAGGCGCAACAGCCGACAAAGGGGCAGAAGAAAUUGCAGGGGCAGCUUCAUGAAGUCUCGCAAUUCAUCCCGAGCAUCAUCACCGGUCAGACGCAGAAUGACAGCUCGACGAUAGGAGGCGGAGAGGCAGCUUCCACGAUGGCAGCGAGAAGCCUUUCAAGCGAAGCCUACGCUAACUUGCUUCCGACUGUUUGGCUGCUCCUCUCUCGAAGUGCAGACACAGCCGUCGUAGAACCACUUCUUGACGCCCUCCUCCGACAUUGGACGUUGCUUAAAGCAACGGAUCCGGCAAGGGAUAUUUCCACCGAGUUCAUCGGCAGACUGAUUCUGCUGGCAUCCCGUCCGAGCUACACAAGCAGCUUCCGUAUUCCUUCGACCUUGUCCCCGCGCCUCGUCGAAUGGCUCGGUAAGGACCUGCCGCGACACCUGUGGGAACUUGGCGGACGCAAUGUCAUCUCGAGCGAAAAGACGUUGGAGCUGCUCCGUUGCGUCGUGAGCAUGUCGCUCUUUCCAGCAGUUGGAGACACGCUCCGAUCGACGCUUGUUCCCUUUUUCCAUUUUGUCCACCCGACGAGGGGUGCCAUCACCGGUCCGUACGCUCGCCUGCCGCAAUCCAGCCAGGCGCAGGCGAGGGGCCUUUUGGCAUACCUCGCGCCUCUGAGUCCCGCUCUACAGGACGCAGUGACCAGGGCUGGCUUGUAAUUUUGCAUCAUUUACUAUUCAUGUGUAUCAUCAGCAUCAUAUACUAUCAUCGGCACCGCAGGCA